AUGGCAGGUACAAGUGUACUGAGACACCUGCAGAAGCUGGCUCUAAAUACUCUCUCAGCAAUCACUAUAGAACCCAUAUUGUUUUUACAGUAUACUGGUUUGUAUACACUCACAGUUGUUAGAGACACCCUGAAAAUAGAACGGUUCUGUAGAGUGACCCUAAACUAUUCCACUGAGGAAUGCAGCGCUAUUAACGACGGGGAGCAUACAGAGCUACAGGUGAAGGUACAGCAACUCGACAGUGUUCUCACAUUUUAUGAAAAGAUAGCAAGCACUGUUAUACCAAUCUUGUUGCUGUCUUUCAUUGCUUCCUGGAGUGACAAGCGAGGCCGUCGUAUUCCAAUCCUCCUUUCAUUGUUCGGAGAAAUACUUUACGCCAUUAUCUACUUGCUGGAGGCGGUAUUUACCUCAUGGUCACCAUAUGUUCUUUUAGUUGCGUCCUUCCUUCAGAGUAUUGGAGGAGGCUUUGUAAUGCUUUUAAUGGCAUCUUACAGUUACAUGGCAGACAACACCACUAAGCAGUCUAGAACAAUUCGCAUGACAGUCAUGAAUGUAUUCCGUCAUAUUGGAGGUCCAGUUGGAACACUUUUGGGUGCUUGGAUCUUUGAGAUUGGAGGUUUCAUAUCAGUCUUUAGUACCUCUCUCCUUCUGUACAUUCUCGCUUUUGUAGCAGCUUUAAUUAUAGUCAAAGAAAAAAAUCAAGAAGAAGAGAGUGCUGGUCAUAACCUGAAGGAAACAAGUCCAUGGAACCCGAAGAAUGUGACAGACUUACUUCGUGUUGCCACGAGAAGACGAUCAGGCAGAACCCGGGGUCAUCUUAUACUCCUCCUGACACUGAUACUCGGUUACUUGAGCUCUUUACCCCAUAACUUGUACCUGUGGACACGCAGAGUGUUCACCUGGGACCAGAACCAGUACAGCUUAUACUCGUCACUCAACUUAAUUUUUGAGCAGCUGGGAGUUCUCAGUACUGCAGCAAUUUCCCGCCGACUAAUUCUACACGACUGUGAGAUUGGUGCAAUUUCAGCCCUCACUUUGUUUAUGAAAAACUUGACUUUCGGAUUUCUGACCACUUCUAGUCAGUGGUGGGUUCUAUAUGUGUUUAUUGCCGUGCCUGGCUCACUGCCCAGCGUCAUAGUCAGAUGCCAAAUAUCUAAGCUGUGUGAUAUGGAGGAGGUUGGAAGAUAUUUCUCACUUGUGGCUAUCCUAGAGGUGUUGUGGCCUUUGAUAGAUGCUGCUAUCUUCACCGCUGUCUACAUGUCUACUCUCUACAUCUAUCCGUCUUACGAACACCUGCUUGGUGCUUUAUUCAGUGUCUUCGUCUUGGCAGGUUUCCUGUUUCUCAGGUUGUCCUUGGCCAGUUGUCAAGCCACAGCACUUGGUGUUAAAGAUUCACUUACAGUACCUGAUGUCAAAGGUUCACAUACAGUAUCUGAUGUCAAAGGUUCAUUUACAGUACCUGAUGUCAAAGAUUCAUUUCCAGUACCUCAUGUCGAAGGUUCACUUACAGUACCUAAUGUCAAAGGUUCACUUACAGUACCUACUGUCAAAGGCCCCACUUACAGUACCUGAUGUUAAAGGUUCAAUUACAGUACCUCAUAUCAAAGGUUCACCUACAGUAAUUGACGUUAUACAGUAGCAAGCGUUGACGCCAGCAGACAAUAACCUCCUUAUCCAAGACUAGGGACAAUGUUUGACUCUUCUGGUUUAUCGAUAGUAGUAGUAGUAAUAGUAGUAGAAAUAACAGUAUUUGUAAUAGUAGUAGUAAUAAUACUAGUAAUAGUAGUAGUAGUAAUAGAAGUAGUAGUAGUAGUAGCAAUAAUAGCAACAUUAGUAAUAGACAAUCAAUCUAUACACUGCAUAUCAUACAGACACGUUAACACACCUAACUUAUUCCUCUACAAACAAUACUCCUGCACUAGACAUCUUUCAUCUGGUCGUAAUUCGAUAAACAUAUCUCUAGUUACUUCAUGACCUUUCUAGCUAAGUUAUUCCAGAUAGUCUUACAUCCAAAAUCACUUUAAAAAAAUAUACAGUAUGUAUCAAAGAAGAAAUUACAUAAAUAUUGGUAUCAUGUUUUACAAGAUUAAAAAAUUAUAGUUAUAUUGAUCAGUGAUUUAAAAGUCUUAACUUCUUGUAAGACAACAUUAUGGUUAAGUACAGACAUUAAUGGCGCAGCAUUUGGACUACUGGUGCCCUCAAGGGAGGUUCCUUGACACUGGUGAGGGGCUCAGUAUCUAGGGAAUGGGAUCUGUGCUCCAGUUCCCUGAAUUGAGCCUGAAUACCUUCCAUCCUUUCCCUCCCCCAACUUGUGCGGUAUAAUCCUACGGGUUUAGCGCUCCCCCAUAAUUAUAAUAAUAAUAUUUGGACUACUGGUGUUAGUGGGGAACCCCAACAUGUUUCGUAUUUACAAAUAUAAACCUGAAAAUUAUUAAGGUACCCAGAGGUAAAACCUUGCCAGACUUAAUCAGACAAAAUUGUAUAAAUAAAACAAGAGUAUCAAAAUUAAUAAUUUUUAAAUUUCUAAAUGUAGAAUUAUAUUUUGCAUAAAACAUACGAAGUCCUAUUUCAACUUCCUUAUUAUCUAGUAAGUUCGUAGCGGUUGACAAGACCCGGGCCGGGAGAGUACCGGCGAAUCAAGAAGUCAAGGCCGGGCCACCACCUGGAAAAGACCCGGGCCGGGCCGGGAGAGUACGGGCGAAUCAAGAAGACAAGGACGGGCCACCAUCUGGAAAAGACCCGGGCCGGGAGAGUACCGGCGAAUCAAGAAGUCAA